UCAUCAUAAGACGUCCUGAGUCGAUCACAUCGCAUUUCCGACAUUUUGGAGAGAAGAGAAAUUAUCGAAGAAGAAAGCUCAAAAGGCGCGACGAGGAAGAAGGGAAAGUGGUGAUUCUUCGUAACUAUAGUCCAAUUAAUUGAAAAAAAGGGGCUUUCAGGGUUUUAAUUGAAAAGAGACAAGCAAUGAGUGACGCAUUUUGUUCCGACUGUAAGAGACAGACGGAGGUUGUGUUCGACCAUUCCGCCGGAGAUACAGUUUGCUCCGAGUGUGGGCUUGUGCUCGAAUCUCACUCUAUUGACGAAACCUCCGAGUGGCGUACUUUCGCGAACGAGUCCGGCGAUAAUGAUCCCGUUCGUGUCGGUGGUCCGACGAAUCCUCUUCUUGCCGAUGGUGGUCUCACCACCGUAAUUUCGAAACCUAAUGGAUCCUCUGGAGAUUUCCUCUCAUCUUCCCUUGGUCGAUGGCAGAAUCGUGGAUCUAACCCUGAUCGUGGGCUCAUUGUCGCGUUUAAGACAAUCGCCACCAUGGCUGAUAGGUUGGGCCUUGUUGCGACCAUCAAGGACCGAGCCAACGAGAUAUAUAAAAGAGUAGAAGAUCAGAAGUCAAGCAGAGGAAGAAAUCAGGAUGCUCUUUUGGCUGCUUGUUUAUACAUUGCUUGCCGGCAAGAGGACAAGCCACGAACCGUCAAGGGUACCAAACAUGCUUUAAGGUUCUUUAUCCCCAGUUUAAUUUCAUUGACUUGAUUGGUACAUCUCCAGAGACGUUUUUGCUCCAAUCUUGGUAUGACCAACCAAACCGUAAAAGCGGCUCAAGAAUCUGUGCAGAAGUCAGAGGAGUUCGAUAUAAGGAGGAGUCCCAUAUCGAUUGCAGCAGCUGUUAUAUACAUCAUAACACAGCUUUCUGAUGAGAAGAAGCCUCUUCGAGAUAUAUCGUUGGCAACUGGAGUCGCGGAAGGAACUAUUAGAAACUCUUACAAAGAUCUAUACCCUCACCUUCCCAAGAUCAUACCAGCUUGGUACGCUAAAGAAGAAGAUCUCAAGAACCUUCAAAGCCCUUGAGUGCUCAUCUUAUUCUCUCUUGUUUCUGGCUAACCACGCCUUCUUAUUUAAUAUAUCAAGUCAAGUGUCGAUUUGAAUCUGGGCUUAGACUUAGAGUUAUCUGGUCCAUAAGUGCGACUCGAGCCACUCUUGAACAAGAGUUUUCAAGUAGAUUUGUAUACCAAAAAAAAAAAAGAAAAAUCAUUAUGAUUAGAAAAAACAAAGUUUCUUGUGCUAUAACUUUGUUUGAAUUGAUGAGAUGGUAUUUCUGCCAUUUCCAACAUCAUCCCAUCGAACAUCUUACAUCAUUGGAGAAGCUCGGAAACGUGGAUAUGGGUGUUAU